CCGCUCUCUUUCUUUGUCGCUUGCUCGCUGUGAAUGAACGGAACGUUUUCUGGUGCGCGAGAAACCAUGCCAUAGAAGCUGGGCGGCCAGAUUUUUAUUGUCGGGAUUAUCGAUGAGUAAUCAAGAAGUACUAGUGAUUGGUUGCUGUUGAUUUGUUAUGUGUUUAUAUUCUAAAUUCUUAUGACAAACCGGCUGAUUGACACAACAUCUACCCCCAGAGAGGAAAACUGCAUUAUAUAAAUUGGUUAAUAUAGCUACCAGAAAGAGAAACCAUAACAGAAGCAAAGGACCAACAACACAGAGUAAAUACUGAUUCGCCGGUACUCAGCGGAAGUGUAGGGGGAGGAUAAAAUAAAAAAUUAAAGCGAUAUAAAAUUAUAGAAGGACCACGGAAGGAAUUUUGUUGCGACAGCCAGUGGAAAACUUGGAUAAAGGAAAGUGGACGAGAGAAAGCGAAGAAAUAGGGGAGAGAGGUCUCAGGUUGGCAGUUGUUGGUGCUCCGCCAUGCAACAUGAGUAACGACAGUAACGGAGGUUGGGGGCUUCAGCCCCUCUGGAACUUCAAUGAGACAUGGCUGUGUGGAUCGAUACUGGAUUCUGCGUUGCAACUGGCAGGCUUCCAACUCUUCAGAGAGGAUCGCAACACAGCACUGUUCUCCUGAUCUGGAAUUUAUUCAUAAACUGUGAACCUUUCUACUCCCUCCAUGAGUUUGUUUCAUUCGUUCUCGUUGGUGUUUACAUUCCACCAAAGGCCAAUGUGCAGGAUGCACAGCGCAUUCUCAGAUACUGUGUAUGGAGGGGACAAACCUGGACUCCUUAGUUACUGUCCUCUGUGACUUUAACAAGGGAAACCACAGCCAACUCCCCAAAUACAGAAUACCAGAGUAGAGAAUAUUCUGGAUCAUUGUAAGCAGUAAGCAGUGCCUAUCACGCCACUGCACUGGGACACUGUGACCAUCUCAUGGUCCACAUGAUUCCUACAUACAGGCAGAAAUUAAAGCUCUGUAAACCUGUUGUGAGGACAUCAAAGCAGUGGACCAGUGGAGCUAUGGAGGACCUUUGGGCAUGCUUGGACUGCACUGACUGGGAUGUUUUCAGGGCUGCUACCAACAGUCUGGAUGAGUUCACAGAGGCAGUGACAUCAUACAUCAGUUUCUGUGAGGACUGCUGUAUACCAUCAUGCACCAUGGGGGUCUUCGGUCAACCAAUCAGCUGACCUGCUCUCUAACACCUCAUGCAAUGUGUCCACCAAUGAUUCAACAUACUGCUCUCCUGCAGACGAUGGAGUGGGGGCAGGGAGUCCAUAUAAAGCUCUGGAGAUGGUUUUUAUUGCCUUGGUUACAGGAUCUCUGAGCUUUGUGACUGUCACAGGAAAUAUUUUAGUCAUGUUGUCCAUCAAAGUAAACCGCCACCUACAAACUGUCAAUAACUAUUUCUUAUUUUCAUUAGCAUGUGCUGACUUGAUCAUUGGUGUUUUCAGCAUGAAUUUGUACACAGUCUACAUCAUUGUUGGCUACUGGCCGCUCGGGCCGGUAGUCUGUGACCUGUGGCUAGCUUUAGAUUAUGUUGUCUCAAACGCCUCAGUGAUGAAUUUAUUGAUCAUCAGCUUCGAUCGCUAUUUCUGCGUGACCAAACCCCUAACGUAUCCAACAAGAAGGACAACUAAGAUGGCAGGGUUAAUGAUCGCAGCAGCAUGGAUCCUGUCGUUCAUCUUGUGGGCUCCUGCCAUCUUGUUCUGGCAGUUCAUCGUUGGACAGCGAACAGUGCCACCUGGAGAGUGUUAUAUUCAGUUCCUUUCUAACCCUGCAGUGACGUUUGGGACAGCUAUAGCAGCAUUCUAUCUUCCUGUCAUUAUUAUGACAGUCCUGUACAUCCACAUCUCCCUGGCCUCCAGGAGCAGGGUCUCCAAACACAAACCAGAGAAGAAAGAGAGGAAAGGAAUAAAAACUCCCAGCUUGAUGAACAGUCACCUGUUAAAGCAGAACAAUAACAAUGAGACAAGUCCUCAAGCCAGUCCACGCUCUACCCCCAAACUCAGUCUGGAUUCAACUACCACUGCUUUGGAGGCUGUGAAGAAUGGCAGAGUGGAGGAACCAAAAUCAGUUCAGCGACAGCCUCCAGCACAGCCCAGUCCAGGACUCACACAGGAGGAAAAAGAGAGCUCCAACGAUUCAUCCACAGCUUUUAUUCCCCCUACAGAACCAAAGGACAGCACCAACAACAAGGGGAUAACUGAGGCUGCAACAAAUCCCAACCUAAUUGCCAUGACGACAGAAAUUCCUGCUGAGCCCAAGAUCAACCCCACCUCGAGGUGGUCCAAGAUAAAGAUUGUAACGAAGCAGGCCGGGGACGAAUGCAUCACAGCUAUAGAGAUUGUCCCACCUGUAGAGGGAGCCGAGAGGCAUUCAAUCCCAAUCAGCCGUCCUAGGACUGUGGCAAGAAAGUUUGCAAGCAUUGCUAGAAGCCAAGUGAAGAGGAAAAGACAGAUGGCUGCUAGAGAAAAGAAAGUGACCAAGACUAUCUUUGCCAUCCUGCUGGCUUUCAUCAUCACAUGGACACCGUAUAACGUCAUGGUGUUGAUUUCAACCUUCUGUCAGUCCUGUGUCCCUGACACUGUGUGGGCUAUUGGCUACUGGUUGUGUUAUGUCAACUCUACUAUCAACCCAGCUUGUUACGCACUGUGCAACGCCACAUUCAAAAAGACAUUUAAAAACCUGCUGCUGUGCCAGUAUAAAAACAUAGGUACAAGAUGAGAUGGAAGGAGAAGAGUGAGGGUGGGAUUGAUGGGGAAGGGGUAAACCAUUGCAAGUUCUUGGGGGACAGAGGAAGGGACAGAGUAAAUAUUGUUGAAAGGUGAGUGACAGAGGGCUGAAGGAGCUGGAGAAGAGAAAUGGAUGGUAUAAUUUAGUAGAAGGGUUUCUUUUAAAGAGAAGAGACAUCUGCAGGGGAUGAGUAUCCGUGGUUUAUUUUGCAAAUGAAUGCCAGUCAUCCCUAUUGUUAUAUAUAGACUCAGAGCGAAAUGUGAGUGUAAGCCAGGGAUUUCUUAAAUUGCCCAGCUUCCCCUAAGAUGGAACAAAUCACAUAUUAAGUGAAUGAAUGGAUGUAGUGAUACAGUUGAAGACACUGUAAAGGUAUUUUCAGACGGUAAGCGACACUCCGCCUGCGUACCCAUUUGGAUCUGCGGCGUCUCACUGCGCUCCUCAUGUGAAUAGACAGACUGACAAACAUUGCUGUUGAAUUUUUCAAAUGUAUUUUUUUUUGGUGAUUUGAGCACCGACAGCUGAGUGUCAUAUAGUGCCAUUUAAAUUUAAAAAAUGCAGACAUCCAUACGGCCCAUAUCUCCAAAACUUGGCAACUCACAACCAAAAAAUCUAGAUGGAUAAAAAGCACUACAGGUAAAGUGAAAAAUAUGUACUUUUGAUUUCUGGGCGAACUGUCCCUUUAGCAUUGACUGAGAAAGCAUUAUAAAGCCAGACAUUUUGUCUCUUUGCCAUCCUUCUGGUUUUCAUCAUCACAUGGAUGAAUGCCAUUCAUCCCUAUAUAUAAAU